AACUUUUUUGAUCGAGGCACUUUGGAAAAGUUGCAAAGCUCAUACAUAUCUCCGAUUCUCCGAGGGCUGCUGACACUUGGACGCGUUGUAAUAUGCCGUCUGCACUUGCCAGUCAGUUGGCUGCAUCCGUAUCUCUAAAUGCAUCUCUUCUCGAUGCUCAUACCAGCAAACGGAGACGAACAGAAUCUUACCUUUUCACUGGUCGAGACGCCGACGUUCAUGACCUCGAUUCGAUCCAUGCACUUGCUAGCAAUGCCUUCGCGCAAUUGUGUUCCCUGUCUCCUGCUUUCAGUGCGCGAACCAUAAAAUUGGGUUCAGAUGGAUCUUCCCUGUCUGUGGACUUCGACCAGACUUUAUUCUCCGAGGCUGCAAGGAAUAUCGACCGCACGAUGCAGUCUCGGGAAGUGAAUGCGAACCUCGAUCGCACAUUGAACGCGUUUCUAUCAUUGUUAGGCCCGUGGCUCAUGGAGGCACCUACAAGCAAAGUAUUAGAGUGGCUGGUGAGGAGAUUUCGCAUUAAUGAAUUCAACGUCGAUGCAGUUCUUUCCCUCUUUUUCCCUUAUCAUGAAUCUCCGCACUUUGUCAAGAUGCUGUCAAUCCUCCACAUCUCCCCUUCUUCCAUCUUUUCAUUUCUGUUACCCUUCAAAUCAGCUGCAACGCCUCUUGCACGAAGCUCAAUUGUCAAAGCCAUGGCUGCCAACCAAGCAGUAGCAAGAUUUAUUGCAUCCUUACUUCCAACUGCGAUACGAGGCUCAUGUUCUCAUCGCACUCUCGUGGCCUUCAAUGCAGCUACGAUGCACGACUAUAUUGCAUCUCAACAGGCUCUAGAUGAAGGCACCCUGGCGUUCCUGUUGUCGGCUCUCCUUGCGCCGUUCCAGGCUAGUCAUAGUGAUACCAACGCAACUUUUGGUAGUUACGUGCUACUUUCCACACUCUCCCAUAAAGUAUCCCUGUCAUCUGCUGCCGUGGCAGCUAUUAUCGGAGCAAUGGCCACUUCAGCUGCUCCCAAGGGCAAACGAGACACGAAAGACAGCAAAGCUAGUGAACACUUCAUCAAGGUCGCCAUUGCAGUGUGCGCGCCUCAAGAGGAACUGGGGGCUUUCCACGCCAGCACAGGCAACUUAUGUCUAAAGAUGCCCGCAUUUACGGAAGAACUGCAAGGCGCGGUUCAAUUUGUUGGCGCAGAAAAAUUUAUCUUGCCGCUCCUUGAGUGUCUCAAGCCUCGACUGGAGGAACCUGUCGUAUCCUCUCUUUACGCUGCAGUUCUCGGCGCCACGGGCGCCCCUCUCAGAUUGUUAAAACACUUGGCGUCCUCACUCAUACGACUAAUUCUCGCUGGCAAUGACGAAGAGACCAAUGCGACCUCAAUGAUUAACGCUGCGCGUGCUCUCCUGUCUCUCGUUCAUCAACGUCAUGUCGAGAUUCUUCGUGAUGCCGUGGGCGAAAUCAUUGGCGACGGUGAGGGCGAGAACGACGGUGAAGAUCAGCGGACGAAAAAGAAAGAGCGGAAAAAGAAAGCGGACGAAUUGAUGAUCUCGUUUUCAGUGAGUCAUCCUUGGGCCCAAAGUACCGAUGUCAACGAGAUUGUCGUUGCUUCGACAAGUUCCACCAAGGAAGCACGCCUUGGGGCCGUUGAGCGCCUGUAUGAAAUUUUGCAAGGGGGAAAGACGCUCGAGGCCUCUGACAUGGCCUCAAUACAAUCAGCUCUGCUCGCUCGCGUCUACGAUACACAUGCUGGAGUUCUUCAUGCACUUUACUCUUCACCUGAAAUAUUCCUCUCGACAGUCACUUCCAGCACCACCCCGCAGAAACUUCUGGAUAUCAUCGUCUUGCAGGUUGUCCCGGACCCACCAGCUCGUGCUGUUCUUCUCGCACAUGUUGCUUUCCUCGUCGGUCAUUUCAGCAAAACUUACCCGGAGUUAUCACAAGCCGUACAGGAACGCGUGCUAUUCCCGUACGUACUUGCCAGCAAACCCAAGUUUAGGGUUGCGCGAGGGGUGUGGGAGGCACUGAGGGAAGUCGGAGGUAGCGCGACGGGAUGGUUGAGAGGUUGUGUAGACAUCUGGGAAAAGGCUGACCUUCUACGUGGCAAGAAGAAUGAGGAGAACGACGAUGUAGACGUGGACAUGGAAAAGAUCUGCCAGGUGAAUCUUGAUGUGGCAGCCAAAAUUGCAGAGAAUAUCCUCGCCUCCAAUGACGGUUCAAGCGAUAUUUCCCUCAUCCUCUCCAAGCUACAGGACCCCCUACCGCACGGUCGUGCUCUUGCCUAUCUCAUCCUCCGCGUUUUGCUACUCAGCACAUCAUGUGAACAGCAGGUCGAUGUAGCCUUGCAGGCUCUGACCGCCAUGAAGUUGCAAUCUGUUGAUGGUUACGAUGAUCUCGUAGAUGGCUCCACGAACUUACAAGAGGCGCUUAAUGAUAGUACGCUAGGCAUGAAAGUUGCGACAAAGCCUGGAGGAAGAGUCACGAUGAAAUUUCUUCAGGCCUCUAUAUUGGCAUUGAUCCCGGUUGUCCGACUCGUCGAGGGAGGCGCUCCUGCUUGGAUUACAGCUACAUCACUGACUGGUUCGCAACCUGAAAAGAAGAGCAUCGAAGAUCGCUAUGUCACGCUCAUGCAAAACCUUUACGCUGUUGCCGUUGCUUCUGGGAGCUCCACUCCAUCGCAGCUGUCUACUCACCUCAUCCAGGCGCUCUUCCUAAAUCUGAGAGAUGCUUCUCUCCUGUUCUUGCUCGGAGUCCUUCUUGCGCGGUCUCCAGCCCUAGAGCGCGUGAGAACCCGAGCUCUCUUGCAUGCUUUGGCGUUCCUACGCGGACACAACUCCGACAACGCCGUUGAUUUCCAGACAGUAUUGCCUUCCUUCAUGGCGGUACUCAUGGAUACGCGGACGGACAAGCAAGGACGCGCUGUGAUAUUCGAAUGUAUUUCUGUGUUGGCGUCUACGUCGGAGAGGAAACAUGUCUAUGGGCUGGACACUAUAUACGGAGCGGAAUCUGCACACCUUCAAUAUCUUGAUGCAAAGGAUCUCGAGGCCUAUUUGAAGGCUCUCCUGGAAAGCCGCACUUUGCUUGCGCAAGACAGCAACUACAUCAAGAUAUUCCACCAGCAACACCUCGCCGCUGCUAGUGCAAAAUACAGGCGCCGAGUGAUAUGUUAUUUGCUGUCGCACGCGGUCACUCAUCCAGUGCCUAAAGCUCGCAUAUCCAUCAUGUUCUCUGUCGAGGACGUAUCAGAUGUUUCGAGAUCACACAUGGUGAUGUCUGCCAUGGAGACAUUGGCCAAGGAUCCUGCUCCCAUCUCGAAUCUAUUUGGCGUCAACUUCCACCGGUACACUGCUCUCGUAGUGUCUACAUUCCUCAGCGUCCCUGCUGGAGAUUUGAAUGCAGGUCCGGAGGAUUCUGUCUGGCAGAUCUUCGCUUUGGCGUUGCGAACAUACUUCCAGCCAAAUGCAAUCGCUGCCGUCAGAAAACUGUUUUCAGACGCAUUGGAAGAGAAGCUUUUUGCGCAUUUGGACGUGAAACGGCAGGCUGAAGUCUGCGAUAUCCUUUUGUCGGCAGGAUCGUUGGGCAACGAAGUGUAUGUGUGCGCCAAGGAGCUUCUAAGCAAGCUUCUUCAGGAUGUCCACCUUAUCAAUCAGCUGCUCGUGGUUUACCAACCUGCUGCAAAUCAGUCGGAUACCCCUGCCAGUAAACGUGCUAAGCUCGAUAGCCCAUCUCAUGGAAAUAUUGAGGACAAAAUGUCGAUACUCACUUUCCUUUCUGAAGUUCUCGGAACGAAGGAACUUCCUGGUUCGCUUGACCUUUUAACACAGCUCCUUGACACUCUUGGCAAGAUUAUCCAUUACGACUCACCGGUCCCGUCCGAUACGAGUUAUCCUUGUCAAAUGCUCAUGGCUGCCGUGGAACAAGCAGCUAGUAAAAUCAAGGAGGCUCCUGCCCGACCCAUUCGGUUGGACAUACUUGUCGAAAUCAUCAGAGUAUCGGAGAACCCGCAAACAUUCCACCAAGCACUCCUUCUCAUGGCAAGUCUGGCUCGACUCACGCCUGACUCGGUCCUUCACAACAUCAUGCCUAUUUUCACCUUCAUGGGCACUAACGUGUUUCAUCGCGACGAUUCAUACAGCUUCAAGGUGGUGCAAGAUACCAUCGAAAACAUCGUUCCUGUCAUGGCGUCAUCACUCAAAUCUAGACACCCCUCUGGACUCGAGCUUUAUAUUGGAGCUAGGGAAUUCUUGCGGAUCUUCACGGACGCAUCCAAUCAUAUUCCACGUCAUCGUCGACAAAAUUUUUUCAUACACCUUGCUGAUGUGCUUGGACCUGAAGAAUUCUUGGCCCCGGUUUGCAUGUUGUUGGUAGACAGGGUAGCUAAUCGGGUGAGCCGGCAACAGGAGGAUGAAGCUUCAACCUCGUUGGGACUUCCGAUAUCGCUGUUGCGUCAUUUCCCCCGACAGUUGCAACUCCAUGUUCUCAAGGAAGCGCUGCGGGAGGCAAAAAGGCUUAUCCGCAAUCUCGCGUCUUCCGAGGAGGCAGGUGCUACCUUUUUGGACUACGUUCACGAUGAAGAACACUCUGCCAGAUCAUCUUCUAUCAUCAAGCGACGUGCGCAGGCACUUAUUGUAUUUGUCGGUUAUGCCAUUACACCCACGUCUUCCACCGAUGUCUCAAGGGGCGACAACGCAACGACGGAACUUAUCUCUCUCCUCGUUGAUCUUACUACAAUGGAAGGCGAAAACAGCAUUGCAGACAUCGUAUCAGUGACACAGCAGGCCACGUCAAAAGUAAUGAAUGCCAUCGGAGCAGCAGACUUCCUGAAUGGGGCUUUAGUUAUGAUGCAGUCAGACGAGACUAGGAUCAAGGCUGGAGCUCUUGAAGUCCUCGCAGAGAGGAUGCCAAGAGUUACAGAAGCGGUCCGGCGCGAACAACAAAAGACCGCUAUUUCGAUCAUCGACUGCAUUCGGGACGUCGUUUCUCGCCAGUCAGCCGGUGCAUUGGUCAACUCGGCCCUCAAUGCUUUGAGAGCGAUCAGCUCUUCCAUUUGUCCUGGCGAGGAAUCAGCACUGGUAACUACUGUCCCUUCCGUCAUCAAGAUCAUCAAAGCACGUGCAUCGUUACAAUCUGCUAUAGCUGUGUUACCGUGCUACGUAUCCUCUCUUGGACCUCGGCUUAUACCUCACUUCCGAGAGAUUGCGCAAGAGUGCACAUCAGUCCUUCAAGAAGGAUUGAGUGGCAAAAUGGCGCAAUCUUCGGUGGAUGGUGCCAUUUCUACCCUUCAAGGCUUGGUAUCUACGCUUCCCGCUUUUUACGGCGCUGCAGAACUUGUGGACAUCGUCAAACUCCAUUUGGAAUACUCCGUCACCUUGAGUGGUGCCAUGGCAGGUUUAAUGAAAGCUAUUGCAAAGAAGAUCCCAAGCAACACGCUACUACCUGUACUAUGCGAUCUGUGGCCCAGUUUGGAAAAAUCUCAGAAAAAGGAACAUGUUGAAGGAUUGAUCGCGUUCUUCGCCUUUUUCAAACGCAGCCUUCGGGUGGCUCGACGUCCUGAUAUCCAGGAGCACCUCCGUUCAAUUUUCUCAGUAUUCCUCGACGCCUUUGGCGUGAACAUGAAAUCCACAACUGGUUCCAAAGAUGGAGAACCACAUAUCAUUUCCGCAUUCUUGGAACUUGUUGUGAAGCUUAACGAAACGGCCUUCAGACCGUUGUUCCGCCGUUUGUAUGACUGGGCUUUUGCAGCUGAGAGCGCAAACGUUGAGCGUAAAGUCACGUUUUGCCAUAUGUACUCUGCCUUGUUGGAUUAUUUCAAGGGCUUGAUGAACCCUUACAUGUCAAUGCUUCUGCAAGCUUUGUGCGAAAUACUGGAGUCUUUGGCUGCAGGAUCAAUUCAAAAUCCAUCGCUGUGGUUGUCAACAGUCGAGACCCUUACAAAGAGUUUCGAAAAUGAUGAUGGUGUAUUCUGGCGUGAUGACAAACUGGCCUCAGUGGCGAAGCCUUUGAUAGCGCAAGUUUCCAGUUGCAUCAGGUCGAAUAUCGCAGACGGGAAACAAGCACUGACAAACUGCUUGAUUGCAAUGACGAGCGUAGCAUCGGAUGAUUCCUUACUCAAGUCCAUCAACCUUGACUUGCUCAUGCACACUCGAGCAGAUGAUGCUCGUGAGCGCAUAUUUGCACUGUCCUGUUCGGAAGCGCUCUGGCGAGAACAGGGUGGGAAGCUCAUCGGCUUUGUAGCAGAGACCGCUACAUUCAUAAGCGAAUGUGCUGAAGACGAGAACGAUAGUGUCGUACGUGAGACACACAAACUUAAAAAUGCAGUUGAAGGCGUGGCCGGGAGCAUCAAUGGAUUAUGAUCUCAAAAUCUGUUUGAUUACUCAUGCACAUGUGCGACCUGAGGUUUCCACAAUAUAUAUAUAUAUGAACGUCAAUGCAAUUGCUUUCAAGUAAC